AUGAAACGAAAUAGAAACGAUGCCGUUAAAGCCGUUGUUACUUCCUACUUAGAACGCAGAAACUACCCAGAUAUUGAUGUAUUUAAUACCAACAACUCUAUAAGCCAAAGUGCGGAGGAAAUGGCGGUAGCUACUAUUGUACAGUGUGAAUCCAGUCGUGCCAAUUCUGUUUUGUUUUCUUGUAUUAAUAAUGACCCUGCCCAGUAUGAUAUUCAAUAUACAAGACUGUUUAAUUUUAUAAAAGAACUUAAAAUAGAGCAAGUAAGAAGUGAACUACUGGGCUUAUUAACACCACUUCUUUGUCACUUGUACUUGGAAAUGUUAAGAGGUGGUCAUAGUGGACCUGCACAAAUGUUUUUGAAGCGACAUUCAGCAUCACUUCCUCAGAAAGAUUUAUCUUACCACCAGCCAAUUGAUGGUAAUCUACCUUCAGCUCUCUAUAGGCCCAACAGCUUAGAACAGCUAUUUAAUUCUAUACAAAAUGGUACUAUUGAUAAUGAAACACCUGAGAAAGAUUACAUGAAUCAACUGCUUGAUGACAUUGGGUCAGUUUAUAGUCUUCAGGAGAUAGAAUCAAGACCAACUAUUGCAGCAUUUAGGUCUUGUAAAUUUGACAUUUGUUUGUCCCAAGAUUCCCUGAACAUGCUUAAGGCGUAUUUAGCAAAACAUGGUCAUGUUUUAAUGAUACAGGUGUUACAGACUUGGUUUCACAUAGAUGUUAAUGGAGAAAAUUGUAAAAGUAAUACUGAAGAUGAAGAAGAGGAUUCAAAAGAUAAAAUCAAACUUGAACUCAAUAUAAGUGAAAAUAUAAGUGGUGUGUUUUCUAAAUGUAACGGACAUGCUGAAUAUGCAGUAGAUAAAGAACUAAGGGAUCUUCAAGAUGCAAUAAAGGGAGUAAGGGAAUCUCUGGCACCAUUGAAAUUGUAUAAAAUAGCAGCCCCUGAUACUGAAUUAAUAUGUGCAAAAACUGAUCAAUACUGUAAUGUUUUAUGCGGAGGAUUUAGUAACUCGGAAAUAAGAUUGUGGGACCUCGGUCAGAAUAAUAUUAAUCGACGCAUUAAUAGAAAUAUAUCAGAAAUAGAGCUGGCGUGUAGCGUACCACCAGAUCCAGAAAUAAAUGAUAAUACAAGGCAAAUAGGUACAGGCAUUCCCUUACGAGGUCAUUCGGGCCCUGUACAAGCAGUCAGCAUUUUGUCCAGAGAGGAAUUAGUUCUUUCUGCCUCACAUGACAGUACAAUGAGGGCAUGGCGAAUAUCGGACUAUUCUUGUGCAUCUGUUUAUAGGGGUCAUAAUUAUCCAAUAUGGUGUAUGGAUGUAUCUAAAAAUGGCUUAUUUAUAGUAACUGGGUCACACGACAGGACAGCUAAGUUGUGGUCACUUGAUAGAACAUUCCCUGUAAGAAUAUUUGUAGGACACAUGUCUGACGUCACGUGCGUAAAAUUCCACCCCAACGAGGCGUACGUAGCGACGGGAAGUGCGGACCGAUCCGUGCGUCUCUGGGCAGUGUGCGACGCAAGACUAGUUCGCGUACUUUGCUCGCACCGUGGGGCCGUAAGAGCGCUUGCAUUUUCGCCAAGUGGGACGCAUCUCGCCUCUGCAGGCGAUGACAAGAAAAUUAAAGUAUGGGAUUUGGCUGCAUGCUCAUGUGUACAUGAAUACAGGGGCCAUUAUGGAAAAGUGACCUCCAUAGAUUGGUCUGCUGUAGGAAAGCCAACUUUAACAAACAGAGUUUCUUCAGACCUAAGUGAAAUGACCACAGAUAACUCUAUCCUAUGUUCGGCUGGAAUGGAUGGUAUUGUGAAAGUUGUUUGGGAUAGUCAAUUGAAAAACAAACAACUAUCUAGUCCAGACAAUUCAACAUCAACUUAUAAUACUAAAUGUAAUUAUUUAGUAGAUAUACAGGUACAUCCUGAUUGGAUGGUUGCUAUAGGUACUAAGAAAUGA